UCAAUGUUUCUUUUACUUUCAGAGUCUGAGACAAGCUUGUGCCCCGCAGUCUGCAUGAUCGCGUGACUUCUCCAUAUCUUCCCCGGGGUCGUCUGCUGUAAAGACAACACACUCACUCGUCUGCUGUAGAAACUACACGCUGAUAUCGUGCUGACUGCUGCUGUGUAGUGUGUAGUGUGUGAAGUGGCUACGUUUAUACGAGGAGCAGCACCCGAAGUGGUGUUUUUUUUUCUUCUUUCUAGUAGCGCAACUCGACAUGCUGUUGGAGUAGCUCGAGCUCCUCGCUUUCCUAUCUCCGGGCAUCGUCGUGUUGAAAAGGGUUGUAUCGCGAAAUUCUCGAAAUUUGAAGAGGGGGGAAGAACAAAGCAGCAAGCGGCCUUGUUUGCGACACUCUCGUCUUCGGUUCUGCUUUGAAAUUGGAAGAGAAAAAAAAAACCCCAAGCAAAACGGGAAGUGAUCUUGUUGAGAAACUUUUUUCGACUCCCCCCCAUCGUCUGCCAUAAGUGCCAGAAGUAGAAGCGACUUGUAAAGCCAGAAGUAGAACCGACUUGUACAUUCAAGUGAUCCAGCAUCGUGUACUGUGAACCUCCUACUGCUGCUGCUGCUGCUUGUCGUCUGCCUUUGCUAGCUUUCUGGCGUGCUUUUGCGGACAAUUGGGAGCUUGUUACGUGGUCCCCUUUCUGGAAGGAAAUAGCAGCACAAGGAUAUGACGGUUUGUCUAAGGAAAGAACGGGAACACUCGGGGCCUGUUUGUUGAAAAGGACAUAGAAGUGAUAGGGAAAGUCCCCCGCGAAAGUGAGGUUUUAUCACAAGGGUCGCUUGGACCUUCAUCGGAUCACUUUUGAAAACUGACGCAGAGAAAGAAAUUGCCUCUGAAAACAACACCACCACCCAAACAAACCUUCCGAUAAAGACUUCUUGGGACGUUGAACUCUUGGGACGUUGAACUCUCGGGACUCCUAAUAAAACGUCAUCUAGUUGUUGUUUUUCUGAACAGCAACAACCAAAAAAGGGACUGUUGUUGAGUCCUGGUCGCUAGUUGUUAAUUAGUUUCUCACAGGUGUGGUGUGGUGUGGUCCUGUGUGGUGUGGUGUGAGCAGGUGUGUGGGUCACGUGAGCAGGUGUGUGGGUCACGUGAGCAGCCACCAUGGGUCGCUACUCGGGCAAGACGUGCCGGCUGAGCGUGAUGCUGGCCAUGACUGCCUCCUUCUUCCUGGUGGAGAUCAUCGUGGGCUACGUCACCAACUCCAUCGCGCUGGUCGCCGACUCCUUCCACAUGCUGUCGGACGUGGUGGCGCUCAUAGUGGGCUUUGCUUCUGUCAGGAUCUCCAAAUGGCCCUCGAAGCGGAACACGUACGGCUGGGUGCGCGCGGAGAUCCUGGGGGCACUGGUGAACGCCGUGUUCCUGCUGGCUCUGUGCUUCUCCAUCCUGGUGGAGGCGCUGAAGAGACUGGUCAACGUGGAGGAGGUGGACAACCCCAAGCUGCUGCUCAUCGUGGGCUCUGUGGGGCUGGCCGUCAACCUGGUGGGACUCUUCUUGUUCGGAGGUCACGGUCACUCUCACGGGGGAGGAGGUCACGGCCACUCGCACGGAGGAGGUGGCGGAGGAGGUCACGGCCACUCCCACGGCGGCAACCAGGCGGCGCUCGACGACAUGGAGGAGGAGGAGUUGCGGACCAAGGUGUCGUCGAUGGCCAACGGCUCGUCGGGCCACCCCGUGGAGAACGAGGCCCUGGUCACCUCGGAGGGCCUGUCGCGGAGCAGCUCGGAUGACAAGGAGGUCUACACGUCCCAGUCCACCAACAUCACCAUCGAGGUGAAGAAACCCAAGAUAGCUCACUCGAGCCAGUUGAACAUGCGUGGUGUGUUCUUGCACGUGUUGGGAGACGCGCUGGGAUCGAUAGUGGUCAUUGUCUCGGCGCUGGUCAUCAUGUUUGUGGACGGGGACUGGAAGUACAGCGUGGAUCCAGGAAUGAGCAUUGUUAUGGUGAUCAUCAUUUUAAGCACUACAAUUCCACUACUGAAGGAGUCUGCCUUCAUCCUGCUGCAGACAGUCCCGUCUCAUGUGAAUGUUGAGAGCAUCAUUACAGAGCUGGAACAGAUGGAGGGUAUCUACGGCGUUCACGAGUGCCACAUCUGGCAGCUGGCGGGAAACCGCAUCGUUGCGUCUGCACACAUUCGUUGCCGUGGUAUCGAAGAGUACAUGUCGCUAGCCACAAAGAUCAAGGCCUUGUUUCACAAGGCAGGCAUCCACUCCACCACCAUACAGCCGGAGUUUGUCGAUUACCUGGUGGGCUGCUCCUUGGACCCAAAAGACUGCGCCAUUUUGUGCGACAUCAAAGGGGACCCCACGUGUAAGGUGGACACGUGCUGCGGCGACCGGGACGGCUGGCUCAGCAAGCGCGCGCCGUCGGACGCACAGGAGAACGCGCUGGACCGGGACCAGGUCAUCGGUGUUGGCGCCGACCUCAACAACUCUGCGCAUAGUGGCGGUUGUGGUAGGGGUGCUGGCGUCGCAGCGGCCUACAGCAGUACGCGGAGUCUGGACGUGCAGUUCAGCCGCGAUGGGGACGAGGUGGUGCUGGAGGUGUCGGACAUCUUGAGUCCCAUGGGUCACAGUGGUGGGGUGUCGGAGGGCAGCGCUUCCGGAAGCUCUCCGCCGAAGUACGGGGACGUCCACAAACUUAGUUCCUCGAUGCCUGUCAUUCUGGAGACGAACUGAGAGAGAGAGAAAAAAAGGAAGAGACGAGGAAGAAGUCUGUUACUUGCUUCUUGUAAUGGGGAUACAGCCGACACUGUCGAAGACGGUCAUCCUUCCAUUAUUGAGGAGAAAAGUGACUGUCUUAGACGGGUGGACGUCUUUCAUAGUCUCGUUACAGACGGGUGGACGUCUUACAUAGUCUCGUUACAAUGUAAAGAAAAUAA